CUCAAUGGUCCUCUAGCCUUUCCCGGCCUAAUAUCAAAUGCACAGGAUAAAGCCUUCAGCCCAUCCGGGCGACUGCCACCCUUCCCACCGGUCACCUCUGCCGAUGCCAGCGUCACCUCGAUACCAACUCCAAUCCAUGAGCGACUAGACUUACGGACGACUGGGGAGGUGUGUAUGUCCCAUUCUGCACCUAGGCACUCUCAUGCCCAUGCGUCUACUGUGCGGCCCUAUCCACAUUCGUAUGAUUUGGCAAAGCUUUCUGUGGCAAAUGAGUUAUCUGAACGUGACGGAGGGCCCUCUCUUUGUAUUGGCAGUGUUGUCCCUCCAGAGUUAGCCACAAUUUACCAACUGCUUGAUCAAAAAAUUAUCUCUCCUUCGGGACCUUGUGAUACUAAAAUAUCCUCCUUCUCUCAUCUAGACAAUGUUUUCACACCAACUUCACUGAGACCAAAAAAUAACAAUGUCAACAGCAUUAGUGACUGUGCUUCUGAGCCGUUCAGCAGUCACGUAUCUUCUUUGAAGCUUAAUGAGCUGUUUGCUGAACCUAAUUUAAGCAUUCGAAAUGAAGCCUCCCAAGCCCAACCCUCUCUGAACUCUCAGCCAUACCAACAUGACUGCACACAAUCUUCUAUCUCCACUCCUAGUCAAGUGAACGAUUUGGCUGCCAUCGGCACUCUUUUGUCCCGCACCGGCUUGGCCACAUCUGGCUCUGUUAAUCCGGAUGCCUUUUUAGCCGGACUGGUGCAAUUACAUCGGCGGCAUCUGGGCUCGUUGGUUCCCGUGUCUGAGACCGCAGAGUCGGAUCCGGCAGCUACUUUGGCCGCAAUCAAUUGGCUCUUGGGGGCAGCCUCCUCAUUCGGACCUUCUUCACUUCCAGGCAGGAGUCGAAUGCAAUUUAGACUUCCCCUGAACUGGUCCCAUCCUAACCCCAGCGGGAGUCGAACCCGACUUAUGGUAGGGCAGUGUAUAAUCUGGACACGUUACCUCCAAAGACAGACUUCCAUAAGUGUCCCUGGAUCACAAAGCAGGCGUGCAUUUCAGUCUAUAACUGAAUUUCUUCUGAUGGUAAAACCUUGUGAUGGCUCUAAUGGUGUCCCCGGGGCUUAA